UCCUGUGGUUAGAGUUUAAAGUUAUGAGCUAAAUGGGGCUCGGUGAUCCAGCUGGAGUGCCUGCUGCCCUUUGACAAGACACUCUUGUGGUUCCACACUAUUGAUAUAGGCGUAUUUGGGGAAUGGACUGGCUUGGGUUAGAAGAAUGCCUGUAGGUUGACUAGAACUGCACAAUGAACUAUUUGUGAUGUUAAAUUUAUAUGGAAACCGGUGAAAUCUUUUAGGAUCAUGUGAUAACAUCUUUUUUUUUCUCCUCUCAGGAAAAUGGCAGAUGGUUUUUCGCUUAAUGAUGCCUUACCUGGGUCUGGAAACCCAAACCCUCAAGGAUGGCCUGGUCCAUGGGGAAACCAGCCUGCUGGGGCAGGGGGCUACCCAGGGGCCUCCUAUCCUGGGGCCUACCCUGGACAGGCACCUCCUGGCCCCUACCCUGGCUCAACAACACCUGCUUAUCCUGGACCAAAUGCAUCAGGAGCCUACCCUGGGCAACCAGGUGGGCCUGGGGCCUACCCGCCUCCUGGACCACCACAUGCUCCUGGAGCCUACCCUGCUGCCGGCCCCUAUGGCGUUCCUGCCGGACCACUGACUGUGCCUUAUGACCUGCCUUUGCCUGGAGGAGUCAUGCCUCGCAUGCUGAUAACAAUUCUGGGCACAGUAAAGCCCAACGCAAACAGGUAAACAGCAAGAUUAGCAAGUCUGACAUAUUUGUUGAU